AUGAAAGAAAAAANUCAAUUAUUUGAAUAUUUUAAAAGGGUAGACCCCGAUAAAGAUAAUUUAAUUAGUAUAAUAACAAGAUACCCAAAUUAUAUAAAUUAUUUAUUUAAUAAUAAUAAUAAUAAUGAUUUUAAUAAUAAAGAAUUAUUUUAUAUUAAAAUUAUAGAAUAUUUAUUAAAUAACCAAUCAAAUAAUUUUAAUUCAUUUUUAAAUUUAUAUAAUAUAAUAAUAAAUCAUAAUUUUAUAAAAGAAUUAUCAAUUAAAAUUAUAAAUAUUAUAUUAAAAUUUGAAAAAACAACAGGUUUAGAAUGUUCAGUUUAUAAUUUUUAUUUAUUAUUUUCAUUAUUAGAAUUGAAGAAUCAAAUUAAACAACAAUUUUGUCAAGAUUUUAAUAAAGAGUUUCAAAUUUUUAUAAUUAACUUUUUUUCAAAUAAAUGUUGUUCUAGUAAUAAUAAUAAUAAUAAUAAUAAUAAUAAUAAUAAUAAUAAUAGUAAUAUUAAUAAUGGUAAUCAACAACAGCCACCAAUAAUAUUACCAUUUAUAGAAUCAAUUGUGGAUAACAAAUUUAUAGAAUACUUUUUAGAAUUAUUAGAAAUAUUUAAAAAUUCUUCAAAUCGAAGAAACGAAAAAGAAGAAGAAGAAGAAGAAAUGGAAAGUUUAUCAAUUGAUUGGUUAUUUUUAAAAAUUAUAGAAAAUAGAGAUUAUUUAAAGGAUAUAAAUAAAAUGAUAAAAUUUCAACAAAUAUUUAAAUUACAAUUAGUUGAUAUAAUAUGUAGAAAUAAACAAACAUUUUUAAAUAAAGCCAAUAAUAAGAAUAAAAUUCAAGAUUUAAAUCAAUUUAGAUAUAUAAUUAAUGGAUUAUUAGAAAAUGGUUCUUUUAAUAAAUUAACAUUUUCUGAAUUCCUUUCAGAGAAUUUUAAAACAAAAUUACCAAAGAAAUUAGCAACACUUUUACAUGAAUUAGAUAUCUACAAAUCUGUACCAAUUUUAUUAGAAUUUAAAAAUAAAAAUAAUAUAAAAUCAAUUGAUAUACCAACAUUUUUAUUAGAAUAUUGUAAAUGUAUAAUUUUAAAAAAUAAUAAUAAUAUAAUUUUAAAUAAUAAUAAUAAUAAUUUUAAUUUUAAUAAUAAUAAUUUUAAUAAUUUUAAUAAUUUUAAUAAUUUUAAUAAUUUUAAUAAUUUUAAUAAUAAUAAUAAUAAUAAUAAUAACAUCACCACCACCACCACCACAACCAAUAAUAUAGAAAUUUUAAAAAAAGUUGGUAGAUUAUUUAGAAUUGAAAAUGAUGUUAAUAUUCAAUCAUCAGAUAUUUUAUAUAAACUUUAUAAUAAUAUUUAUGAAUUAAAUCCAAGUAUAAUUUCAUCAAUAUCACCAAUUGAUUUAUUUUUUAAUAUUGAUAAACAAAAAUUUCAACCUAUAAAAUUUAAUUUUAUUAAAGAGAAAUUAUUAAAAUCUUUAAUUAUUAAUUACCCAAUUGAUAUAAUUCAUCAAUAUCUUUAUCCAUUAUUUCAACAAGAAUGUAUUAAUUCAAAAAUUUAUCAAAUUAAAUUAAAAAAUAAUAAUCAAAAUAAUAAUCAUAAUAAUAAUAAUCAAAAUAAUAAUAAUCAUAAUAAUAAUAAUCAAAAUAAUAAUAAUCAUAAUAAUAAUCAAAAUAAUAAAUCAUUACCAUAUUAUUUAAUUAAAAAAAUAUUAGUACAUUUAAUUGAUGAUGAUGAUGAUGAUGAAGAUAAUAAUAAUAAUAAUAAUAAUAAUAAUAAUAAUAAUAAUAAUAAUAAUAAUAAUAAUAAUAAUAAUAAUAAUAAUAAUAAUAAUAAUAAUAAUAAUAAUAAUAAUAAUAAUAAUAAUAAUAAUAAUAAUAAUAAUAAUAAUAAUAAUAAUUAUAAUUAUAAUUAUAAUAAUAAAAUUAAUAUUAAAGAAUUAAUUGAAAUUUCAAAAGUAUCAAAAAAAUUUUAUGAAAUUAUAAUAAUGAUUAUAAAUGAUUCAAAUAAUUAUUUCAUUGAUUUAAAUAAUAGUUUAUCAAAUUUAAAUGAUUAUGAAAUUAAAAAUUAUUUUUCAAAUUUAAAAUAUUCAUUAUUAUUACCAAAUAAAGUUUCAAAAUUAUCAAUUUCAUUUAAAAAUAGAUUAUCAUCAUCAAUAAAAUAUUUAAUUUCAAUUUUUAAAUCAAUUCAAAUUUUAAGAAUUGAUGGUAUUCAAUCAACAGAUCAAUUAAAUAAUAUAUUAUAUUUAUUUCAACAACAACAAAUACAACAACAACAAGAAGAACAAGAUUUUCAAUUAAUUUCAAAUAAAAUUGAAAAAAUUAUAAUUAAAGAAACAAGUAGAAAAUUAUAUUAUAUAAUGAAUCAUUUAAAAUUAUUAACUAAAUAUGUUAAUAUUGAAUUAGAAAUUGAUGAUAGUAGUAGUAAUAAUAAUAAUAAUAAUAUUUUUGAUAAUGGUAAUGAUAUUAAUGUUGGUAGUAAUUUAUAUGAUGGUUAUUCAAUUUAUAAAAUUAAACCAAGAUAUUUAAAAACAACAUUUAGUAUUUUCUUAUUAGAAUAUUUUAAUGUUAAUCAAAUUUUAUUAGAAAAUGUUAACCAUUUUCAUUUAGUUGAUUGUUGUGAAAAAGAGAUACAAGAUGAAGAUUUCAUUCAAUUAUCAAAAGUUUGUACAAAACAAUUGGAUAUAAUUAAAUCAUUUACUUUUGAUUUCAAAUUACAAGAUUGUACAUCAAUUAAAUACUUUUUAGAUAAGAUUGAAUUAAUAUCUUGUGGUUUAAAAUCAAUAGAAUUCAAUUUCGAUUUAAAUUUCAUUGUAGAAUCACCUUCAAAUAAUAUCUCAAGAAUCUUUGAAAGAGUUUCAACAAAGAAAAAUUUUCAAUCUGUUAAUAUCAUUAAAAUUUCUUUCUCAACAAUUUUAUUCUCUGAUUUUGAUUCUGUUAAUUUAUUUUCUUUUAUACCAUUAUUAAAUAAUAAUAAUAAUAAUAAUUUUAAUAAUAAUAAUGAAAAUGAUUAUAAAGUUUUCAUUAGAAUUAAACCAGAUGUAGAUUCAGAAUUAUUUUAUCAACAUAAUCAAAAUCAACCAUGCAAAAUUAUUAAAUUUAAAAACUUUUUAAAACAAGGUUAUAAUGUUGCUGCUGAUAGUGGUAACAAUAACAAAGAAAAAGAAAAGAAAAAAGAUUCAAAAACUUGUUGUAUGAAAAAUCCAAAAUGUAAUAAAAGAAAUUUUGAUGAUAUUUAA